ACAUAAACCGGACGUUUUCAUCAACACCUAUCGGGAGUCAUCGGGCCUUGGCAACGACGCCCGGCCCCGUUCACCUCCUCCCGUCGGGUCUCCGCAUCGGCCUCCCCAUGUCCCAUACGGACUUGGCACUCUCAUCACUACAACAACAAACCUACCACCGCACCGUCAACCAUCAACAGCAACAACAACUACUAAAACAAAGUCUCAUCGCCACCGAGCGACUCCUAACUCAAACAUGUCCCAUUCCCACCCUUUGAAAAUAAUAACCCGCAUUCCCCUACCACCACCGACCCCCCCCUCCGCCCUCCUCUCCGCCCUCCACGCCUACGUCCCCCUCAUAACCGCCAACCCCUACCUAAAAUCCUACAUCUCCCUUCCCCUUCCUCUCCCCACUUCCUCUUCAUGUUCCUCACCCGCUCCUCCCCCCUCCUCUACCUCUCCCCACCCCCUCCCUCCAUCCCUCACCGACGACCCAUCCUUCUUCCACCCCCCGGGCCCAGACGGCUUCAACCCUCAAUCGUUCCUCAUCACCGACUCCGUUCCCCUUCUUCCCCUCCCGGACUGGCUAGGCGGUGGCUCCUUACUAGGAAGCAAAGAAGUUUCCGUGCCUUGUACCUUUCAGAGCUUUGGCUACGGAGUUCGGUGUAAGGCAGUAGCGCCGGCGGCAGGGGCGGGGGCGGUGGUGGUGAGGAGCAGUUAUGAGGUUCGGCAUCGCUAUCGGGCCAAGGGGCGGCCACAGGAACAUGGACAGAAAGGAGGAAACGAAGAAGGGCAAGGACAAGGACAAGGACAAGGACAGCAGGAAGGCGAACAAGGACUAGGAUUGGGACUGGGACAAGGACUGAGAGCUGGUCUACGAAAAGUGGAUAGCGAUGAUGUUGCGAACACAAACAUCAAGUCCAAACAACCAACAGCAGACGACAACAGAAAACUAAUCAACAAAGUCACCGGCACCUCCAUCGACAACUACGAGUACGAACUAGUCGAGAUCGCCACCAUUGAGUGUCCAGCCAUCGUGCGCCCUUUUGUCAAAGCAAAGUUCGAAAAGGGCCACCACGAGGUUUUACAAAGGGUGGUGGACCAGGUCGUGGCCAAGUGGAUGCAAGAGUUGAGGUCGUCCAAGGGGUCUGGCGCAGCGUCGGGAGCGGGAAGGGGGAGGACUUUGUUACAGGAGAUACAACAGACUUGAAAUAUCUAUGUACAUGGAGAAAUGGGUGGGGUUGAGGAGGGAUGACGAGAGAUAUGGUAAUGGUGAUGGUGAUGUGAUAUUAAUGUUGCGGUUGCGUGGGGCGGGUUUUCGAUCAAUCCGAAUGAUGAGAUUACGAGGCGGCUCAAUGCAUAGCCAUCAGAAUAAGACUUGUAGCUGUUACGGGUUCAAUAGCUGUAUCAUAUGCUGACUUGCGAGGG